UUCUGUAUUUGUUAUUAAUAGAAAUGAAAAAGAUUGAGAUUUUAUGCAGCUUCUUUUCUAAAAACUUGAUAUGUCCUUAUAUGUUUAAAAGGCUGUGGUUGUAAACUUGUAAGUUAUUGGGGUCAAAUGGGCUUUCUUAAACAAAAAUAAGAGAUACUGUUUCCACCCAUUUUGAAUCAUCCAUGUGGCCUGUUGCCUCAGAGGAGUUAGCAGGCUGUUGUCAUGCUGACUCUAUUAUUAAUAACUGGCUUCAAUAUUACUGGACAGAUUGUUACUAAUGUUUCCAACCCCUUAAUCAAACUGGUUCAUGGUAGCUUUCUUUUAUCACUUUUGAACAUUGUUUAUAUGCUGCUUUUCUUCAUUAUCCUUUCUUUAAAUUUUACUUUGUGACAAUUAAUACGAUUUUUCUCAAAAUAUGUGAAAUAAGUAUUGAAAUUAUCUGGGAAAUCCAUGUGCCCUCAAACCUGUUUCCCACCAUUAGUCUUUUUUCAAAAUCUUCCUAAUAUCACCAGUUUAUUAUUCUAGAACAUUUUUAAAGUAAUUUUGUCAAGCCUCUCCCUCUAUCCCUCAUAAAUUCCAUUGGAUUGAUUUUAGGCCUGACUUCUACCACUUAGUAGCUAGGUGACUUGGAGCCUCAGUGUCCUUAUCUAUAAAUGAGAACAUUAAUAUUACCUUUCUUACAAGGCUGUAGGGAGGAUUCAAUGACAUGCGUAAGUAGCAUUAAGCACAGUUCUUGACACAUAUAGUAGUGGUAAUUUUUAUUUUAAGAAUGAAUCUUUUCUAAUAGUAGCAGCUUUUUAAUUUUUUUUUUUUUUUUAAUGUUUAUUUUGGAGAGAAAGAGACAGAGUGCAAGUGGGGAGGGGCAGAGAGAGAGAGGGAGACACAGAAUCUGAAGCAGUUCCAGGCUCUGAGCUGUCAGCACAGAGCCCAACUGGGGCUGGAAUUCACGAACUACAAGAUCAUAACCUGAGCCGAAGUCGGACGUUUAAACGACUGAACCUCUCAGGCGCCCCAGUAGCACCCUUUUAGAUCAGAAGAACAAGAUGGAGUUUUUGCGGGUAGAAUCACCAAGGAGGAUGGUGGAGAGCUCACCAAUCUGCUGGACAAAUAACAGCUAUUAGCAAUUAAGAUGCCUCUGUUAUGUAUCUUCUAUGUGACUUUUAUUUUUCCUAUAGAACACACGCCAUAGUUUGUUUCUUUUUCCUUGCAUAUUGAAUAUAACCUGUACAUAUGAAUAAAUUAUUAUGUAAGUGUUGAAACUUUAAAGACAGUUGCCAGCACUGUCCUAGAUUGUUUAAGAGAGACGAUUGAGCAGGGAGCAGGAAAAGUUCAUGUAGUAUACAUGUCUAAUACAUUUUUCUAGAGCGAGGGAGAUAUUGCAAAUGACAUUUUAAUGCUUUUUAACCCUUUGAUUUAAAAUUUAUUGUGUCAUGAAGGUACUCUCUUCCUGUGUUUCUGGAGAUAUUCAUAUCAUUUAAGAUUAAUUGAUGGAGGUAUUAACGAUUAAAUUAUAAUAAAUUGUAAUUCAGACAUUAAUCUAUAUGCUUUUUCUCUCUGACCGUAUUUCUCCUGUAUAUUUGUGGGAAAAGGUGAUUGACUCAUAUCUAUAUCUGAGUCAUUCUAUGUUAAACAUGCUUUUGAGUUUUUGCUAUUCACCAUUCACCGUUUACUGACCACUGUUCACAGUGCCACUGGUCACUCCUUGGAACUCUGGUCUCUCUAAGAAGCUUCUAUGUUUGCAAGGGCUACAGUAUAUGGAUGAAUUUAUCACAGUACCUUCAUUUUCCAUCCUUGUACUCCUCAUUAACACUAGUAAACAAAGCCGUACAAGCUUUCCAGAAGGUUUGAAGAGAAGAAGAUUGGCAAAAUGUAAAUGUCUUAGAAGUUAAUAUUAGGCAUCAUUCUUUUUAGAAAAAUCUUUUGGCCACCUUGACAUUGGGAAUUUCUCACUACCCACGUUUCUUUCUUAUCAUUCUCCUCUCUUCCUCCUCUUCUCUCAUCUCUAUGCUCCCCUGCCUUCAAAUUGUCAUUAGUUUCUUAUGGAGUACACUUUGGCACCACAAGAAGAAUUAUUCAGUUCCCACCCACUUUCUGACCUUAACCAGCUUACUAAAGUGUUUUCUUCAAAAGGGAUUGUUCCUCUCCUAUGAGGAAUUUUAAGGCUAACUUUCAACUUAUACUUGAACACUUAUGUAGUAGAAGUGAAAGAAAUAAUGGAUAAGUGAAAUGUGAAGGGAAGCUGAAUUUUCUUCUCAGAGAUGAUUCGAAUUAAAAUCCUGCUAGCUAUAUAGGACAAUACUUUUUUAUUCAACAUUUUAUUAAAAAAAUUUUUCAUACAUAGAGAAAAGUUGAAUAGUAUUACUUUUUUGGUCCCAUUUUCAUUUUUCACAAGAUCUUAAAGUAAGAAUAUGUUUUAUAUAUAAUUAAAAAAGUUUAAAUGCUAUUUAGAGGUGGUUUAUAUCAUCCUUAGAACUCAAGUUUGUUAAAAUAUUUAAUUAACCAAGGUUUAUAAAUUCCAUAUAUUGUUGCUUUGUUUUUUCAUUCAUUCACUCAUUCAUUCAUUCAUUCAUUCAAGAAAGCUCUAUUGAGCUUUAACUGUACUCCAGGUGUUCUUCCAGAUAUUAGGCUGUCAAAGCUUGAUAAAUAGAGUCCCUGUUCUGGUGGGUCCUUCAGUCCAAUGGCAAUGGAAAGUAUAUUAAAGGAUAAAAUGACUGUAGCACUGCAAAGGGCAUACUAAAGAUACUCCCCGUGAUGUAGUUUUCAUGUAAUGUUUUGUUUUUGUUUAAAACUUAAAUAUUUGUUGACUAGAAUUGAAAUGUAUCUUCCCAUUUAAGGAUCAUACUACUGGUCUUCUACUAGUAAACUAUGAUUUAUCUACAGGCUCUUCUAGUUUUUCUUGGGACUCCUGGGACACAGUUUUAAAACUGAUGACUCAAAUUAAGGAUUAUUGUCUAAUUAUAUAUACCACAAUAGAAUUACUUUAUGAUGGUGGCCUCAAUGACAAAAUCAGUACUUAGUAUAGCACUUACUCAUUUUGACCCAUUACCCCAGUCUUUGCUUUUCCAACCAUGUACCAGGGCUAAAACUUGUUCUGUCCUUCAUUGCAAUAUGACUUUUUUUUUUUUUUUUUAACUACUCCCCCUUCUCUUUUCUUUUGGGAGUGUUCCUUUGAACAAUCUUAAAAUGUUUCAACGUUUUUUUCCUGUUUAGCCUCACAUGAUAUAAAAACAUUAGAGAUGUCUGAAAAAGGACUUGAUUAAAGUGUGUUCAGGAUAGUGGUAAAUGCUUUUGAAAUUAGUUGAAUUUUUUUGUCUUCAAGAUUAAAAAAAAAAAUCUCACCCUUCAUGUACUUUUGGAAGUGUUUAUUUCCCAGAGUACUCUGUAACUCUAAAAUUAAUGAAACUGUAUGCUCCAGGUUAAUAUCUAUCACUGAUUUCCACAAUCAUUUAAGAAUUUCAUGUACUGUGUACUUGUAGAAGACACUUUUCUAGGCACCUUGGGGGCAAUGAAUAAAGUGUACUCAAUGGGUCUAUAAACUACACUGCUAGAGAAUAAACUGUUUGUCUCCAGUACCUCCCUCUGCUCCACAUUUGUCUCCAAUCUAACCUUAGUACUAGUCCCUGUCUUGUGCGUGUGUACACGUCUUUCAUAAGCCACAUAUUAAAUUUAGGUAUUUAUUUUGUUGGACUUCAUUCUGGGGGAGAAGCACAAAGUUUAAGGCACUGCAUUACAUGAGAUAUCACGCUAUGUAAUGGCAAGAUUAUUUGCUUAUACUAAUAUUGUUUGCUGCAAGUCUGUCCCCCAACCAGGCUGUGAAGUCUUCAAAAGCAGAAACUAAAUCAUAUGUUUUAUCUUCACUUUUUACCCCCAAGUACCCUGAAUGGCACAGAGUGGGCAUAUAAUCCAUGUUUAGUUAAUGCACAAAGAUCGGAGCAAGGGCAAAUUCUUUCUUGUAGAAUGAGUCAUUAGUAUCAAAGUGUUGAGAAUAUAUCUCUAAAUAAUUCAAAGUUAAAACCAAGUGUGUAAAAUCUAAUGAUGGUUAUUCAGCAUCUCUUACAAAUCAUGUAUAAUUGAAUCCUUGCUUUUUCCACGCUUUUCUCAGGCUAUUGGAAAACAGUAUUUUUUAUUGUAUUUUAUUUAUUAUUUAUUUAGUUUUUUUUAAAGCAAUUAUUUGCAUUAGUAUUAGAUAUUUGAUACCUGAACUAAGGAAACUUUAAGGACUAUGUAGAUUUUUUUAAAUUUUUGUUUGUUUUUUAAACAGAGGGCACUUAAGCAAAUAAUCUAUGGGAAUUAUAUAUAAUGCAAGUAGGCUUUAUACAUUGAUAGACUUGUUGAUUACAGGUUGUUUUUCAGUUCAAGCAAACGGAAGCACGUAUUUAUGGACAUUUGGAAACAAAGAAAGGCAACUGAAUGGAUUAUGUAAAUUUUUAAAUAGAGUUGCUAGACUCUUAAACCAGAUGUGUUGAGAACUCUGUAAAUUAGAAGAGCAAAUCUGUACUAUGCUGUAUUAGUAAGCAAGAUGUGAGAAAUCGUCAGGAUGUGUUGAGUUUGACUCCUAAGCACAGAAUCUUGUGGAUAGAUGGGGACUUAGCUGCCAUUAGAUACUGGGAGAGAGUAGGAUGCAGGGAUUAAACUUGUGCUCUAAACCAGACAGGCUGGGUUCAAAUGCUAUUACUCCUCUGCUGUGUGAUUUCAGGCAAAUUACUUAACCUCUCUGUUUCUUCACCUGAAAGUGCCACUAAAAAUAAUCUCUACUUCAUAGGGUCACUAGGGUUUAAUGAGUUAAUAAAUGAAAAGUACUUUGAAGAGGACCUGGCAAAUAGUAACCACCUAAGUAUUAGCUAUCAUCGUAAUCAUUGUUAUGUUAUCUACUUCAGUUCCUUCCUUUUAAAUUUAAUUAUUUUUUUAUAUGAAGAAAUGGAAACUUCAUUUCCAUUUGGAUGGUUACAUGGCUUGCGCAGGGCACACAAUCUACUUGUGGCCAUGCUGAGACCAAAACCAGUUUUUAACUCCCACUCUAGGAUCUUUCUACCAGAUGAAAUUGCUCCAUGGCAUAUCAGCAUACAAAACCACUUAAUUUAAUAACUAUAACUUCCAGAGUCUGAUAGUCAAUUAGGAUUAUUGUUUCACAUGGUGCUAUGGUUAAUUCAGUGCAUGGGUCUUGCGUCCCAGCGGGGAGAGUGUAUCUUGAACCCCAGAAAAUACUAAGAAUGUGCCACUUACUGUGCUCGGAAUCUAGUAAAGUGUGAAGAUAUGGAGAAAGCAUUGAGGUGUUGUGCAUUUUGCACUAAGCCAAAAUAUUUCUUUUUCUUUUUAAAAUUCAACUAGCUAGUUGUUUUUUAGAAAAGGUGAAUAGCUUUCACGGUCCUUUACAUUCCUUUUGACUCCUGCUGGUGGAAAUCAAAUAAUGUCUUCUUAUUCUCCUUGGGUUAAAACAAAACGAUACAAAACAAAAAUACCUAGAACCUUAUUUUAAAAAUCAGGACAUAGUUAUAUCUAAUUUGAAUCAGUCUGUCAAACUGUGAGGCCUCUGUGCUUUUUUAAGUGGCAUUUUUCUUCAAACAUUGGAAUACAGCUUCAGAGAAACAAUAGGGCAAUAGUAGAAAAACAGAACUGCCAGGCUGAGCAGUAAGGGGUGAGAUGCGUGCUAGUACCUUAGGCAACACUGAGUGUAUUUUAGAAAGGUUUUUCUUAAGACGUGAGACCAAAAGCAUAUCUGUUUAUUUUAUUACAUCCCCUUUCCCGUGUGUCUGUCCCCUUUUUAUUACGCAACCACCCUUGAGAGGGGUAAAACACUAUUAAAGCAGCACCUGAGAAUUAGAAUUAGUGGUUUUCAGUGAGAGUGGAGGGCUGGACUCUUGGUUUCCUACUAGAAUUUCCCAGGACAGUUUGCACAAUGUGUGGCUAGACAUCAUCUUCUAAUUUCUGUUCUAUAGGUUAUCUACCCUUAUAAUAGCUAAAACAAUGCCUAUCUCCAUUUUGAACCAAUGUAAUGACCCAAGGUAUAACUGAUGUUCUAAAAUAUUUUUGUGAAUCAGCUCACGAUAGACUUGAUCUAUAAGUUAUAUAUUGAAGUGAUUAAGUUCUUUAUUUUAUUAACUGAAAACUGGCUUUUAAAGGAAGGAAUUGAUGCUUAUAUGGUACAGUAGUUUUGCUUAUGCAAAGGAACGUAUUCUAAUUUUUGAAGCAUGGUAAAACACAAAACCAUAUAAAAAGGAUGAUUUUAAAAUUAAUAUACUUAAUAUGCAAUUAAUUAUUGGUGCCCAGAUUCAGGGUUUAAGUAGGUCAGAGGCACUCACAUUUUUCAUUUUUGUGUAAAUUUUCCUUAGAAUAUUUAACUUCUAUUGUGAUGUUUCUAAGUCCCACAUAGUGACACAUAGCCAAACUGUAUAGAAAUAUUUUAAGGAAGGUGGAUGUGUAGGUAGACAAGCAGAGUAUAGUUUUAAAAAAUCUGGGGACAAGAAGAAGAGCUUGAAACUUGUUCUGUUUUUUGAUGUUUGUAAUUCCAUAGCUGCAAAUAUAUCACUUAAGGGAGGAAAAGUCACCUGGGAGUAGAGAAAAGGUGUGAGGAUCACAUAGUGUGGUGGGGAGUGUAAUACCAGCAGUAUUUUGGUUCUAGCCCAUGAAAAAAAUGGUUCGUAUAUCAGACAAAGAAAAACAGUUUUGUUUUGGUUCGUUUUGUUUUUCCCUUUUAAGGAAGACUUAUUUAGAAACACUGAUUAAUUUUAUUUUUCCCUCCUUAUAAAAGAACAAGGGGUUUCUGCUAUGGUUUCAGACCCAUAUUCAUUGAAAUCUUGUCCUAUUUAUGACAGAAGCUCCUAAUGGGAUUUAUUUCUGUUGUUGUAACAUUAUGUACUAUAUGCAUUGCACCUGUUCACACAGAGUACAAUGCAUUGUGAUAUUUGUACAGAUAGAUGCUUCAAAUAAGAAACCAAUCUAAGUCUUCUAGAGUACUAGUCUAUUAGUACUUAAUUAAACUUAAUUCUGUUUUUGUCUGCAAUUUUGUGUAUGGUCUUGAUUUAUUUCCUGAGCAAUGAUUUCUUCUUUGCAGUUAUCAGUUUUGUCUGAGAUCAGUUUCCUAUUGUAUGGAGUCUUUCUUUCAGAGCCUCCUUUAAGACUGCCUCUGACUUUAAAAUCAUUACUAGGCUUUUGUCAGAGCAGAUUUGUUGACACUCUUCUCACAUUAAAAAAAUUUUAAAAGAUUGCACAAAUAAGCUAUGCAUUUCACUAGUUCCUGCUAAUAUGCAAAAAUGUAUUUAUGAUAAUUACAUGUACUGUGUGCCAGAACUGAAACAAUACAUUCCUCAUAAUGGAGCAUAAAUAAAGAAGGUGGAGCCAGCUGCUCUUAAACUGUUUAUUUGCAAGCAGUAAUGAUAUAGAGAAUAUACCUUUUUCACUCUGUUAGUCUGGCAAUACUGAACCUGUUGCUGCAUUAGACCGAGUUGCAUUUUGCUGGAUAGGGGAAGGAGGGCUGUCUGCUGUCUGGUAGGAGGGCUUUGUCUGUGCCUUUCUCUCUCUGUUUCUUUCUGUUUUUCUUUCUCUCUCCUCCUCUUCUCUCUCUCUCUCUCUCACUCGCUUGUUCUGUCUCUGUCUCUCUCUCCCUCUCUGCACUCCCGUCCCUCCCUCUCUCUUGCUCUCUCUCUCUCUUCCCGUCUCUGUGGUUUGUAAGGUAGGUUGCAGUGUGUGUAUAUACACAACAUCAAGAGCAGGAAAAUGGACUCAUUAGGGAGGCAGGCAGUCAUUACCACUCACACUGUACUUCCAGGGAGACACCGAUUAUGAGAAGAGAAACUCAGCGCUGGGGAAGAAGGAAUCUUUUGGAGUAUGUGCUACAUCCAAAUGAGGAGAAACUGAGGAGGAAAGAGGAUUCAGGACAUAGGUGAUGAUAAUGAGUCACACAAAAAGAAGUAUUAAGAAUUGCCCUUUGAGACUCUGAAGGCUGAAGCUUGGGAUAAAAUUUGAAGUCCAAAGAAUAAAAAUAACACUGUUGAAAAGAGAAUGGAUAUUCAUUUAAUACCACCAGAAGUCCAGGUGUGAAGUGUUCAUUUAACUCCUGGGGGUAAGCUUUAGUGCCUGAUAGAUUGCACGCCUGUCUGUGCCCCAUAGCUGCACAGACUGCCUGAAGUUACAUUUAGAGACUAAAAUCACUGCACCUUAAAAACAAAAGAUUGAGCUGCACUGCAUUCCUAAUGUUUCACCAUCACUAACUGGAUAUUUCUCACAACAUUGCUGUCUGGUGUUUUCUGUGGAAGGGCAGUGAAAAAGGUGGAGGAAGCAGUGACUGGCACUUUUCCUCCACGCUUUGAGAGAAAGAGAAUUGGCUGGAAUAAAACCUUGCUUUCCAUAUGGUCGACUUGAAACAGCAUUGAAAAGUGAAGGAAACAGAGGCACUUAGAACUUCAGUUACUCCCUGAGGACCAGUCUCUCUUUCCUUGACCAUCAGUCUGUGGCCUGCCCCUUCUCUUUCUAUGCAGCCGCUCUCUGUUCCCUGCCCCAAUGAACAUCUGCACUAGGCCCAAGCCUUGGAGUGAUUUACCUGAAGAGUGACACCAUUGAUUUGGAAACUACUAUGAGGAAACUGAAGCCCAGAGAGGUGAAGUGAGGUGCCCAAGGCCACACAGCAAGUUAGAGGCACAGCUAGUACCAUAGCUCAAGUCUCCUGACUCCCAGUCCAGUGCUCCUCCCAUUACUCCACGGGUCCUGUCUCUAAGCUUCCUGACAAAUGCUAGAACGGAAGAAACCCAAGACAGCUGAAAACCAGAAGGCAUCUGAGGAGAAUGAGAUUACUCAGCCGGGUGGAUCCAACGCCAAGCCGGGCCUUCCCUGCCUGAACUUUGAAGCUGUUUUGUCUCCAGACCCAGCCCUCAUCCACUCAACACAUUCACUGACAAACUCUCACGCUCACACCGGGUCAUCUGAUUGUGACAUCAGUUGCAAGGGGAUGACCGAGCGCAUUCACAGCAUCAACCUUCACAACUUCAGCAAUUCCGUGCUCGAGACCCUCAACGAGCAGCGCAACCGUGGCCACUUCUGUGACGUGACGGUGCGCAUCCACGGGAGCAUGCUGCGCGCACACCGCUGCGUGCUGGCAGCCGGCAGCCCCUUCUUCCAGGACAAGCUGCUGUUGGGCUACAGCGACAUCGAGAUCCCAUCCGUGGUGUCGGUGCAGUCGGUGCAAAAGCUCAUUGACUUCAUGUACAGCGGCGUGCUGCGCGUCUCGCAGUCGGAAGCCCUACAGAUCCUCACGGCCGCCAGCAUCCUGCAGAUCAAAACAGUCAUCGAUGAGUGCACGCGCAUCGUGUCGCAGAACGUGGGCGAUGUGUUUCCGGGGAUCCAGGACUCCGGCCAGGACACGCCACGGGGCACUCCCGAGUCAGGCACAUCGGGCCAGAGCAGCGACACUGAGUCGGGCUACCUGCAGAGCCACCCGCAGCACAGCGUGGACAGGAUCUACUCGGCACUCUACGCAUGCUCCAUGCAGAACGGCAGCGGUGAGCGCUCCUUCUACAGCGGUGCGGUGGUCAGCCACCACGAGACUGCACUCGGCCUGCCCCGUGACCACCACAUGGAAGACCCCAGCUGGAUCACGCGCAUCCAUGAGCGCUCGCAGCAGAUGGAGCGCUACCUGUCCACCACCCCCGAGACCACGCACUGCCGCAAGCAGCCCCGGCCGGUGCGCAUCCAGACCCUGGUGGGCAACAUCCACAUUAAACAGGAGAUGGAGGACGAUUACGACUACUAUGGGCAACAAAGGGUGCAGAUCCUGGAGCGCAACGAAUCCGAGGAGUGCACGGAAGACACCGACCAGGCGGAAGGCACCGAGAGUGAGCCCAAGGGCGAGAGCUUCGACUCGGGCGUCAGUUCCUCCAUAGGCACCGAGCCUGACUCUGUGGAGCAGCAGUUCGGGCCAGGGGCAGCGCGGGAUGGCCAGGCCGAACCUGCCCAAGCCGAACAGGCCACGGAAGCUCCUGCCGAGGGCGGCCCGCAGCCGCACCAGCUAGAAACAGGUGCCUCCUCCCCGGAGAGAAGCAACGAGGUAGAGAUGGACAACACGGUCAUCACUGUCAGCAACAGCUCCGACAAGAGCGUCCUGCAGCAGCCUUCGGUCAACACAUCCAUUGGGCAGCCAUUGCCAAGUACCCAGCUCUACUUACGCCAGACAGAAACCCUCACCAGCAACUUGAGGAUGCCUCUGACCUUGACCAGCAACACACAGGUCAUUGGCACAGCCGGCAACACCUACCUGCCGGCCCUCUUCACUACCCAGCCCGCGGGCAGUGGCCCCAAGCCUUUCCUCUUCAGCCUGCCACAGCCCCUGGCAGGCCAGCAGACCCAGUUUGUGACAGUGUCCCAGCCCGGCCUGUCGACCUUUACUGCACAGCUGCCAGCGCCACAGCCCCUGGCCCCAUCCGCAGGCCACAGCACAGCCAGUGGGCAGGGCGAAAAAAAGCCUUAUGAGUGCACUCUCUGCAACAAGACUUUCACCGCCAAACAGAACUACGUCAAGCACAUGUUCGUACACACAGGUGAGAAGCCCCACCAAUGCAGCAUCUGUUGGCGCUCCUUCUCCUUAAAGGAUUACCUUAUCAAGCACAUGGUGACACACACAGGAGUGAGGGCAUACCAGUGCAGUAUCUGCAACAAGCGCUUCACCCAGAAAAGCUCUCUCAAUGUGCACAUGCGUCUCCACCGGGGGGAGAAGUCCUAUGAGUGCUACAUCUGCAAAAAGAAGUUCUCCCACAAGACCCUCCUGGAGCGACACGUGGCCCUGCACAGUGCCAGCAACGGGACCCCUCCCGCGGGAACACCCCCAGGUGCCCGCGCCGGCCCCCCGGGGGUGGUGGCCUGCACCGAGGGGACCACUUACGUCUGCUCCGUCUGUCCAGCAAAGUUUGACCAAAUCGAGCAGUUCAACGACCACAUGAGGAUGCACGUGUCUGACGGAUAAGUAGUUAUCUUUCUCUCUUUCUUAUGAACAAAACAAAACAACAAAAAAGAAACAAACAAACAAAAAAAGCUAUGGCACUAGAAUUUAAGAAAUGUUUUGGUUUCGUUUUUACUUUCUGUUUUUGUUUUUUGUUUCGUUUCAUUUUGUACUACAUGAAGAACUGUUUUUUGCCUGCUGGUACAUUACAUUUCCGGAGGCUCGGGUGAAUGAUAGUUUUCCCAGCCUCCCUCGGAUGGUGGCCUUAAGGCCUGGUAGUGCUUCAAGAGGUCCACUGGUUGGAUCUCUAGCUACUGGCCUCUAAAUACAACCCUUCUUUACAAAAAAAAAAAUCUUUAAAAAAAAAAAAAAGUAAAAAAAAAAAAUUUUUUUUUUUCACUUGUGAAGAGCACUACAAAAAAUCUAUAACAAAAUCUAAAAGGCCUACUGUCUUUAAGUACACCGCUUGCAGUGUUUCAGUGGACAUUUUCACAAUUCUGGCCGCUCGGACUUCACAGUAACCAGUUAAAACUGUGGAAUAUCGCUUCUGGUUGAAAACCCAGAGGAAAGGCCCUGCUGUUUUCCACCUACCACGUUGUCUGAUUUCAUAAAAGGGCUGGGGGGGGGUGGGAACGGGCAGUGGGUCGGGUGGUGUGGGAAAGGCGAAUGGCAGGCUUCUCCCCCAGAUUCUGCUGAGUCCGCACCCCCUGGCCCACCUCCUUCAUAUCCCCCCUUUCAGCAGAAGCCAGGAAGACUUGGACAAGCAUCAAGCAACAGUGGCUAUCGUAUUUAUUCAGUGUCUUCGCUGAGCCACAGCCUCAGCACAAUCAAGAGGGACUUUCAUGAAAGGCAGGAAUGCAGAUAAAACAAAGAUAUCAGAGGUUUGCACCUACGUUUCUAGGUACAAGAGAAGGAUUAUUUCCAACAAUCUUUGCAAAAAAAAAAAACAAAAAAAAAAGUGUCAGGAUAUAUUCUUGUGGAAGAGAAAAAGAAAGAGAAAUGGAGGGUGGGGGGGAAUAAUAAAAAGUUCUUGAGGCUUUUUUAAUUCAAAAUUUUAUAGAGGGGCAAAAGUGACGUUUACCAGAUAGAAUGCUGAUUUUUUUAAUAUAUUUACGACAGUAUUUGUGUAAAAAAAAAAACAAAAAAAAGUGAGAUUGUUAAAAGUAAUUUUUUUUUUGUUUUGGUUUUGCAUACACUGCCACCGAUCCCUUCUCUUUUAUUUUAUUUCACACACGUAUAUAUAUUUUUUGGUAAGUCAAGACUGUUAAGGUUAGCGCUACUGCUUCCAGAUAGAAAGAAUAAAAGGCAAUUAAAGUUAUAUUUGAAAGAGAGGAAGGAUAUUUUCUUCAUAUUUUUUUUAAUUUUUCUUAAUUUUUAUUAUUUUAAGUAUUGCCUGGGUUGCUGAGGGCCUCUGUGGCCAGCCCAUCCCUGCUGUAAUUUGAACCUGCUGCUUUGUAUUUUGAUACGUAGUUCUUUGACUUUUAGCAAAGCGUUAAGUUGCUCCACUGAGUUUUUUUUUCAACUGAUCCAUCUAGAAUUCUGUUCUUUUUCAUGGGAGGACUUUAUCUUUCAGAAACAGAUUCCUUGCUUCUCUAUAAGUUCAUUGAGAUCUUAUGAUUCUAGAAUUUCUAUUGACUUUACUUCUUUUCUUUAAGGAAACGCUAGUAGUCUAGAGGCCGUGACAAAUGGGUUUUCCUUUUGUGGUCAGCCAGGAGGAGGAGUUCAGGCCUCCUCACCCUUCACAACUACAGAGAGCAGCGUUAUCAGAAGCCUGGUACAGAUCAGGAUGCCUUGAUGCCAAAAUUACUUUCUUCCUUUCAAAUGUCACCUUCUGACUAUUUCCACCAUGGCUGAGAGGGCUAAAUAAGAUGACCGUCCUUUAGAUGAUUUCUUAACCCUUGCUUUUGGGAAAGUUUUAAAGAAAUUAACAGAUAUUUCUCAGAUGGCAACAUCCAUCAUUCAAAAGGCUACCAGUCCGUUGCAUCAUCCUAGAUGCCACUCUCUCUUCCUAGUUGGGAUUUCUCUCCUCGGUCCUGAUCAAAGCAUCGUAAUAGGGAUUUUUCCAUUCUAGACAGUGUCCUGAAGGGAUUCCGUCUCAAAUAGAAGAAUUCUUAAGCCUAACAAAUAUUCCAAAGGUGAUUUUAUUGCUGGGCAUGUUUUAACACUCUUCAGGGGGGAAAAGGACAUCUUUAAACAAAGCAGAAACACCAAACCACAAUUUUAAAAAAGAAGCAAAGACAGUAUUUUUGUUUCAAAAUUGCUUUGCAUUUUAAUUCUCCUGUCAGCGACUUAUUUGCAAAAACUGCAACAAAUGAGAAGAAAUCUUCCAAGGGAAGCAACUCUGUAAUGGCAAAAAUGCUUUUACUCAAAUAUUUUAGAUAUUGGUUAACUCGGAUCUUUUCCAUAAGUUCUUGGUGAUGUUUAGUAGGAUUAGUGCAACUAGGGUAUAUGUGGGUUUUAUUUGGUCCUAUGGUCCUUUAUUCGGUAAAUAAUUUGCUAGAAGUUUAAUGUAGACUUGGAUGGUUAACUGAUGAGUGUCACUCAUCGUGAUUUCUAAGAGGAGUUCUAACAAGAGCUAUGUGUCCAAAAUUGACCUGUUUUAAAAGUUAGUGGGGAACAGCUUCAGAAAUAAGAUAAAGUCCAUUUUUCUCUGCUAAUUUUGCAUUUUAAAAUAGCAGUGUUGUUAAGACUCUAUAUUUCCACUUACUGCCAACAGAGGGAGCAUUAGUUAAUUAACCAUGUCAUGGAAUUGUUUUGAUCUCUUGAAAACAACUCAUUCAACCUAUGACAUAAAAAAGAAAAAAUUGACAUUAAGAAAAAAAGUUGUUUAAUCUGGAGGAAAAAUGACAUGAAAUCACUCAGCAUGUGCUACAAAGGAAGAAGCCAAAAGCCACUUCAAAAUUUUUUCAGUUAUUUGACAGUAGCUGACUUAAGUAAGAUAGUGUCCUUAUUCCAACCUUAGCAAAGUAGGCAGAAUUUACAAUACUUCUAGAAAAGUUGAUCUUGGGUGCCAUAGUGGGCCACAUUUAGCAAUCUGCUUCUUAAAUCAGAGGGAGACCCAUUUACCCAAAUGCUGAUUUGCCAUGUGAAAAUCUAAGCAAUUGGUUUAAAAGAAAAUCCACAUUUUGCUAUAGAACAUGUAGAGGGAAGAACUUCCACUUGGGUUUGAAACACUAAUAUUCAUCCCUUCCCUUCAAAUGAAGCAUCUCUUUUUUAAAAAUGUUGGAGAACUCCCCGAGAAUUCUUGGGGAGGUGAUGCAGUCAUUAUAACCACACGGACUCUCCAGGUUUGCAUAGCAGUCGACUUUUUCUUACUGUAUGUCUAUUCCUCCCAAACACUCAUAGUCUAAAAUAGUUGGCAGAUUUGUUCUCUGGAGAGAGGAAGAAGCUAGACUGCAGAUCUAAACUGGGGAGCCAUGAACUUGCUACGGGGUCAUUACUGAUCUCUUGAAAGGGCUACCUUCUAAACUGAUGUAAACUAGACUGUACCUAUUUCAAAAGGAUAGAGAUGCUUUUAGAUCGGCAAUCCUUACUUUUAAAUUAAAUAAUUCCCAACAUCUUAAGAAAUGGGGAAACAUUUUGCUUCAAGAAUAGACGAUGAGCAUGAAUCCUUUAUUUUUUAGUUUCAAAUGCAACAAUCUUCUUACAUUUAGAACUUCAUGCUAGGAUGCUAUGAGUGCUAAAAAAAUUUUUUUUUCAGUAGUCAGGGGAAAAAAAUAGAUAAAAUGGAAGCAAAUGUUCCAGAUUUAAGACCUCUUAGGAUGAAUACAGGGAACAAGAACUGGUUUGGAAAAGAACAUUUUUUUUUAGUAAUUUAUGAUUUAAAAGUGGGUUAGCUGAACAAGGGAAAGGAAAAAAAGUCAAAGGAGAAUAUUUAUCUCAUGACAUUUAGAUAUAGUUAUGAAAAAUAAAAUUUCCCAGCACUGAAAACAUUGGUAGCAUCUCAGCAUAGAGGGCAAUAACUAUAAUAAAUGCCAAUAUUUGUUCCAAAAAAAAAAAACCCAAAUGUGUAAAAUAUAGUCCCCAAAAA